AUGAAGAUCCCAAAGUCCUGGCGUCAUAGUUAUCUGGUACCUUUCUACAAGAACAAAGGAGAUGUCAGUGACUGCGGCAAUUAUAGGGGUAUCAAACUUACUUCCCAUACUUUGAAACUAUGGGAGCGCAUACUCAACAAUCGACUCUGUCAGUUGGUGUCCAUAUCUGAUAAUCAGUGUGGUUUCGCGCCAGGAAGAUCAACGACUGAUGCAAUCCAAGCCAUAAGGAUUCUGAUGGAAAAACACCGAACCAACAGAGAAGACCUCCACCUAGUGUUCAUAGACCUGGAAAAGGCUUUCGACAGAAUACCACGUAAAUUAGUUUGGGAAGCUAUGAGAGCACAACAAAUACCAGAACUCUAUAUUCACCUGGUGCAUGAUAUGUAUCAAAACAUAAGCACACAGGUGAGAAGCCUGGCAGGACUUAGCGAACCGUUCCAAGUUAAGGUCGGAGUGCAUCAGGGAUCGGCACUAAGCCCAUUCCUACUUAACCUAUCUCUGGAUUAUCUAACUAAAGACAUCCAGUCCCCCCUCCCAUGGUGCAUGCUAUAUGCGGACGAUAUUGUGCUCAUCGACAAAUGUGCGAUUCAACUGCAAGCGACACUCGAUCAAUGGAGACAGGCUCUCGAGAACAAUGGCCUCCAUAUCAGCAGGAGCAAGACCGAGUUUCUGAGAUGCAGUUUUAGUGAACAAUAUACGCCUAACAUAAGUGUCUCCAUUGACGGCCAGCCACUGCCCUGCGUCAAUAAAUUUAAAUACCUCGGGUCAGUGCUAACAGCGGAUAUCAACAUUGACGCAGACGUCACUCAUAGAAUUAAUGCAGCGUGGCUAAGGUGGAGAACCCUAUCAGGAAUACUUUGCGAUAGCAGGAUAUCAAUACAACUGAAAGGCAAGAUUUACAAAACUGCUGUAAGAUCUGCCAUGUUAUAUGGUGCCGAAUGCUGGGCGGCCAAGAAGAUUCACGAAAAAAAGAUGCACACGAAUGAAAUGAAAAUGCUACGAUGGUCAGCAGGCGUAACGAGACUUGAUAAAGUGCGCAAUGAGUACAUCAGAGUUUCCUUUAAAGUUGCGCCCAUUGUAGAUAAGAUGGUCGAGAGUCGUAUGCGAUGGUAUGGGCAUGUGAUGAGGCGGGAAGAAGAACACCCAGUGAGGAAGGCCUUGGCAAUUCCUGAGAAAAAGAAAGGCAGGGGAAGCCCGUUAGCGACGUGGUGGACAACCGUAUCCAAGGAUCUGGAACGAGCACAGCUUGAAAUACAGACAACCCAAGAUAGGAAAUCUUGGCGCAUAAAAACGAGGAGAGCCGACCCCAAAUAA